AUGACUUACAAUGCUCACCCUUUUCAGCUUUUAGAAAUCAAUGUUAUAUCAGCCCAAGACCUGGCUCCGGUGUCCAGAUCAAUGCGUACCUACGCAGUAGUUUGGGUGCAUCCAGGAAGGAAACUGAACACAAAGGUCGACCAAAAUGGCCACAUCAAUCCUCAGUGGAAUGAAAAGUUUGUGUUCCGUGUUGAUGAAACAUUCAUAAAUGCUGAAAACUCUUCUGUCAUGAUUGAAAUCUACGCUGCAGCGUGGCUACGUGAUGUUCAGAUUGGAUCUGUAAGAGUUCUGAUAAGCAACUUAUUUCCUUCCCAUAACAACAACAACAAAAUGCGCUUUGUUGCACUUCAGGUUCGCCGCCCGUCAGGACGGCCUCAAGGGAUCCUCAACUUGGGGGUGCAGCUGCUGGACAGUACAAUGCGCAGCAUGCCUUUAUACACUGAACUUAGUGCGUCCGCAGUAGGCUUCAAUGACCUCAUUGAUGCCAAAACCAACGGACAAAGCCUUGAAGAAAAGAGUGCAAAAUUGCGUCGCACGCAGAGCGACCAAACUGACCAGACCAUCUCUGACUACUCUGGCUUGAAAGAGGGUGGCGGCAGGUCACUAGGUGGCUCGUUGGUUAAUUCUUCGGUGGUAAAAACCAGUGUUAAAGACAAAGAUAAUGGCAAUGGCAAUGGUAGUAUGGUCAAUGGAUCGCUUUGCUCCGACGUCGGGCCUUCUGCCUCUGUUGUGGCAGCAGCAAUUGCUAAAGGAUUGAUUAAAAGACCGGCAACUGCUGGUCAACAGGAUGCAGAUGGCGCACGGAGCUCAAUUCUUGAGGAUUGGACGGAAAAUGACAGUGUCGAAGGCCUAAGAACAAAGCUUGAGAGAUGGAGAACAGAACUUCCUCCAGUUUAUGAUAACGAUCUUCGGAAGAUGCACACGAAACGUAAGAAGCAUAGGCGGAGGCCAGAAGCUCGAUUGUUUUCAUGUUUCGGUAACGUUUUUGGAUGUGAAAUUUCCAUUACUUGCGGCGGGCGUAGCAACAAGAAGAGGUAUGGCAAUGGAAAAGUUUGUCAUCUUAGCUCUGUGGACAGUCAAUCAUAUUUAUGA